CCCCCCACCUCACGUAGUUGGAGGUUUCCAGAAGCGCUAGCAUCGCCGCGCCGCGCAAUUCUCGGUGGCCGGAGCGCGUGUUUGCUGUCUCGUAUUUCCACCAUUUAGCAGCCAUGAUAAGCGCCAGCCGAGCCGCAGUAGCUCGUCUUGUCGGCGCCGCAGCCUCCCGGGGCCCCCCAGCCGCCCGCCACCAGGAUGGCUGGAAUGGCUUUAGUCAUGAAGCUUUUAGAAUUGUUUCAAGGCGGGACUAUGCAUCAGAAGCAAUCAAGGGAGCAGUUGUUGGUAUUGAUUUGGGUACUACCAACUCCUGUGUGGCAGUUAUGGAAGGUAAACAAGCAAAGGUGCUAGAGAAUGUUGAAGGUGCCAGAACCACCCCUUCAGUUGUAGCCUUUACAGCAGAUGGUGAGCGACUUGUUGGCAUGCCGGCCAAGCGACAGGCUGUCACCAACCCAAACAACACGUUCUAUGCUACCAAGCGUCUCAUUGGCCGGCGAUAUGAUGACCCAGAAGUUCAAAAAGACAUUAAAAAUGUUCCUUUUAAAAUUGUCCGUGCCUCUAAUGGCGAUGCCUGGGUUGAAGCUCAUGGAAAACUCUAUUCCCCAAGUCAGAUUGGAGCAUUUGUGUUGAUGAAGAUGAAAGAGACUGCAGAAAAUUACUUGGGGCAUACAGCAAAAAAUGCUGUGAUCACCGUCCCAGCGUAUUUCAAUGACUCUCAGAGACAGGCCACUAAGGAUGCUGGCCAGAUAUCUGGACUAAAUGUGCUUCGGGUGAUCAAUGAACCCACAGCGGCUGCUCUGGCCUAUGGUCUAGACAAAUCAGAAGACAAAAUCAUUGCCGUAUAUGAUUUAGGUGGUGGAACUUUUGAUAUUUCCAUACUGGAAAUCCAGAAAGGAGUAUUUGAGGUGAAAUCCACCAAUGGAGACACUUUUUUAGGUGGUGAAGACUUUGACCAGGCCUUGCUGCGUCACAUUGUGAAGGAGUUCAAAAGAGAGACAGGGGUUGAUUUGACCAAAGACAACAUGGCGCUUCAAAGGGUUCGGGAAGCCGCUGAGAAGGCCAAGUGUGAACUCUCUUCAUCUGUGCAGACUGACAUCAAUUUGCCAUACCUUACAAUGGAUGCCUCUGGACCCAAGCAUUUGAAUAUGAAGCUGACCCGGGCUCAGUUUGAGGGGAUUGUUACUGAUCUAAUCAAAAGGACCAUAGCUCCAUGCCAAAAAGCCAUGCAAGAUGCAGAAGUCAGCAAAAGUGACAUAGGAGAAGUGAUUCUGGUUGGUGGCAUGACUAGGAUGCCCAAGGUUCAGCAGACUGUGCAGGAUCUCUUUGGCCGAGCCCCAAGUAAAGCUGUCAAUCCUGAUGAGGCUGUGGCCAUUGGAGCUGCCAUUCAGGGAGGUGUGUUGGCUGGUGAUGUCACAGAUGUGCUACUCUUGGAUGUCACUCCCCUGUCUCUGGGUAUUGAGACUCUGGGAGGUGUCUUCACCAAGCUUAUUAACAGGAACACCACUAUUCCAACCAAGAAGAGCCAGGUGUUUUCUACAGCUGCUGAUGGACAGACUCAAGUGGAGAUUAAAGUGUGUCAGGGUGAAAGAGAGAUGGCUGGAGACAACAAACUUCUUGGACAGUUUACUUUGAUUGGGAUUCCCCCAGCCCCUCGUGGAGUCCCUCAGAUUGAAGUUACAUUUGACAUUGAUGCCAAUGGGAUUGUACAUGUUUCUGCCAAAGAUAAGGGUACAGGACGCGAGCAGCAGAUUGUGAUCCAGUCUUCCGGUGGGUUAAGCAAAGAUGAUAUUGAAAAUAUGGUUAAAAAUGCAGAGAAGUAUGCUGAGGAAGACCGGCGAAAGAAGGAACGAGUUGAAGCAGUUAAUAUGGCUGAAGGAAUCAUUCAUGACACAGAAACCAAGAUGGAAGAAUUCAAGGACCAAUUGCCUGCUGAUGAGUGCCACAAGCUAAAAGAAGAGAUUUCCAAAAUGAGGGAGCUCCUCGCUCGAAAAGACAGUGAAACAGGAGAAAACAUAAGGCAGGCAGCAUCUUCCCUUCAGCAAGCAUCAUUGAAGCUCUUCGAAAUGGCAUACAAAAAGAUGGCAUCUGAGCGGGAAGGCUCUGGAAGUUCUGGCACUGGGGAGCAAAAGGAAGAUCAAAAGGAAGAGAAACAGUAACAGCAGUAAACUUUGGAGUCGAAAGGACAACAUAUUAUGAUGCUUGGGAGUGAAGGGAUUUCCUGAGCUGAAAUGGGCAAAACUUCAAUCUUCUACUGUGUUUUUGCAGUACUCUAUAUAUAAUUUCCUGAAUAUGUAAAUUUAGUGACCAUUAGCUAAUGAUCAUUUAACAAGUGAUAAUUCCCAACAGUACAAAGUUCACAGUAUUCUGUCCCUAGCCUGUCAUUCUUUUUCAGCUGCAUGUAAGAUGGGGGGAAAAGUUAUAACGUUGUUUUGUGCUGAAGUAGCUGUAUUUUCAAAGGGGUGAAGCCAUCUCACACACUGAAGACAGGUCUGGAAUGAGACCAUAGGGGGAUGAGAUCCUUCUAGUUACCUAAGUACUGCUGUACCAGCCUGUGUGUAUAUGGAGUUCUUCAACUGAGGCCUUGCAAGGCAAGCCAGCUAGCUGUGCCAUGUUGGGAGGUAGGGCAGAGGAAGCUGAAUCAAUGGAAAACUAAGCUAGCUAUUUAUGUGAGGUCCAGCUUCUAAAACACAAGUCUCCCAAACUUUCUGAAGGCAUACUUUCCUAGCUACCCUUUGGCCUGUGUCAGUGGCAUCUGUAUCUCUGAUGACUGUUCUUUUUGAUCCAUUCUGGAUUUUUUAAAAAAUAAAUAGGAAAAGCAUUUUGAUCUCUUGUCUGUGAGGGGUGAGGCCCUGAGAUUUAGCUUCAGAAAUAUGACAUGAAUCACAUUUCCCAAUUCCCUGACCUCGAUACAGGAUUUUCUAACACUGGCAUUUGAAUUUCUAACAAAUUGAAAACUUGGGAAGGCUGGUAUAAUAAGCAUUAUCACCAAAGACAAGUCUGGUUCAGAGGAGGCUUUUAUUUUUUUUCUCUCCCUAGCCCCAUCUAAGGUUUGGAAUGUUGAAAUAGUCUUUAGAUCUCUAACAUGAAAAUCAGGCCUCCUAUUUCCAGGCUGCUUUCUGCUCUAAAUAAGUCCAACCAGAAUUGGCUUACAGUAAUGAAACACGUCUAGUAUUAAGUCCUAAGGUGAUUUCAGUGGCUCAGUAACAGGAACCCAGAUUCUUUCUAUAGUUUUGCUUUUUCAUCCUCAGUGAGUUGCCUUGUCCUAAUUUCUCUAAUGUAGUUCUAAAUAUCACAUGCUAACAACUUCAGAACCAGGAAGGUGACUGCAUCUUAGAACUCACUUUAGUUUUAAUAAUUAUUUCUUAAGUUUAUUUCUUAAAAAUUGAGAUUGUUUAUGUGAUAAUUAUAUUUCUGGAAAAUUGUUUAUUAACACCCUUUUAAAAGCUUCUUGAGGUUUCAUAUGAGAAAUAAUAGGCUCAAAUUUUCAGCCACACGACCACUUGGUGGGAACCUUGUGGGGUGUGCAGUAAUUCUUUAUGAAGGAUUGUUUUGUGGCAUGCUGGGGAAGAUAAUUAGCAUCUCUGGUUGGCCCUUGCUCACUAAAUGCGUCUAGUGUUUACCAAUCAUUGUGAUAACUAAGCCUCUCAAGCAUUUCCAAAGUACCCCAAUUCAGAACUACUGGUUUAUAUUAUUCAAGAUUUCAUCUUUGAGAUCAGUGAGAGGAGCCAAGCAUACCCUGAACAAAAUGGGUUCUAUCAGAGAGGUGGGGAGAAGAGCUGCUUGGGCAGGUACCCACAGAUACUGUCUCAAGCUGUGCCAUGAGUGGUAUAUGUAGUAGUAGUUCGGUUACCUUCUAAUAAAACUAAUAAUCAGCACAAGCAGCCUUGAACAAAAAUUUAUAAAUUCAGAUACAGUCUUCCUUUUGUGGUGCAAGUGCUUGAUAGGUCCCAAAAGGAAAACUUCCUGGGAUUAUUCCAGUUGUCUUCCCCAACUUAAAACUCCACCCUUGCUACACAAUAGUACAACAUAUGUGAUCUGACCCCUGAAUACCUUUCUUUUCCCCUGCCCUCCUACUAUACUUUGACCUUGCUUGGACAGUCUCCCACAGAUUUCUACCUGACUCAUCCCUCACUUUUUUCAUAAGUCAUAAGGGUUUUUUUUUUCUAAUUUAGUCAUAAGGUUUUGAAAUGUCAUAAAACAUGCUGCCUUCUUCAAGUCCCUGUCAUUUCCUAUCCUUCCCCUACUCUUUCUCCACAGCAGUUACUACCACCUAAUUUAUCUUUCCCCCCAUUGCUAUGGUCUGAAUUUUUAGGUCCCCCAAAUCCCUAUGUUGAAAUCCUAACUCCUACAGUGAUGGUAUUAGGAGGUGGGGCCUUUGGGAGGUGGUAGAUCACUAAAAGGGGCUCUAGAAAUCCCUGAUCCCCUUCCACCAUAUGAGGACACAUUUAAAUUUAUAACCUGGAAGAGGGCCCUCACCUGACCAUGCUGGCACCCCAAUCUCAGACUUUCCAGCCUUCAAAACUGCAAGAUAAAUUUUGUUUAUAACCUACCCAGCCUGUGUUAUUUUGUUAUGGCAGCUUGAACGGACUAAGACCCACCAUUUUAAGUUUCAAGAAGCCAGAAACUUCUGUUCACUGCUAUUUUCCAACAUUAGAACAAUGCUUGGCACUUAAGCACUCAAAUCUUCUGUCAAAUCAGUCUCUCCCACGUCCAAAACUCUUGGGUGGUUUGGUUUCUCCAUUUGAGAGAGAAAGGCCUUAAUUUUUAAGUUUAUGUAUAAAUUAUACUCUGUCAAGAGUUCUAGGGGCAACAAACCAAACCCAGAAAUUAGAACUUAACUGGUAAAAGAUAAGUCUUAAUUAGGAAAAGAAUUUAAGGAGAAAUUAAUAGUAAUGUUUAGAGGACUAAAAAUGUGGCCUGAGGUAUUCCUGGGCCAGCAAAGGGGGAAUACGAAUGACCAGAAUAAAUGCGCAACCCUCUUUUAUACUUCAUAGGUGUAAAAGUCCAAUUCUGUUGCUGACUCUCUUGAAAAAAUUUAUCCAACUGGAGUUUUUUCUCAACUUUUUAUUUCAAACCUGUUCUUAGAAAAUUAAAAGAACGGUAUAAUGAACACACAAAACACCAUUCACCUAGAUUCAAUUUGCAUUUUGCCACAUUUGCACUCUUUCACACUUGUGUGUUCACUCUAUAUAUAUUUUCUGAACAUUAUGACACUUCAGCCUAAAUUUUUCAGCACUCUUAACAUUCUCCCCGCAAAUAUUUUUUUUUUUUUUUUUGGUUUUUUUUUUUUUUUUUUUUUCAGUACGCGGGCCUUUCACUGCUGUGGCCUCUCCCCUUGCGGAACACAGGCUCCGGACGCGCAGGCUCAGCGGCCGUGGCCCACGGGCCCAGCCCUCCGCGGCAUGUGGGAUCUUCCCGGACCGGGGCACGAACCCGUGUCCCCUGCAUCAGCAGGUGGACUCUCAACCACUGCGCCACCAGGGAAGCCCCCCGCAAAUAUUAUAAUCAGGAAAUUUAGCACUGAUAUACUACCACCAUAUAUAUAGUCCAUAUAAAAAUUUCCCUGAUUGUCUCAACUUUUUCAUCUAAGGUCAAAUCAAAGAUUGCACAUGGCAUUUAGUUCUAUCUCCUUUUCCUAAGAAUAGUUCCUUUGCCUUUUUGUCUUUUCAUGAUGUUGAUAGUUUUGAAGGGUACAGGCCAUUUGUUUUACAGAAGAGGCCUUUGUUCAGAUUCACCUGGUGAUUUCCGUGUGCUCAGCGUCAUGUACACAUUAUUGGUAGGGAUACUAUGUAAGUCUUGUGUCUUAAUCAAUGCAUCAAUUACCAGGGAGAAUAAAAUAUCAAUUCUG